GACAAUACAACCCGGCAUUGGAACGUAAACAAAUCCAAUCGAGAAUAACAGCAGCUUUCCGCGCGUUGCAGGCGUCCACAAAACCUUUCCAAAAGCCGUAAACACCCAAUAACGAUGACGAGCGACAAACGCACCGUGUAUGUCGGUGGCCUCUCGGAGGAGGUGACAGAGAAGCUAAUUACCGACGCAUUCAUCCCGUUCGGUGACCUGGUGGACAUACAGAUGCCGAUCGACUACGAGUCACAGAAGCACCGCGGGUUCGCAUUCAUCGAGUUUGAAAACGCGGAAGAUGCGGCCGCCGCCGUCGACAACAUGAACGAUUCGGAGCUGUGCGGACGGACGAUACGCGUCAACACGGCGAAACCGCAGCGCAUCAAGGAGGGCAGCAAUCGGCCGGUCUGGGCCGACGACAAUUGGUUACAAAAGCACGCCGGGGCAACGCUCAAGAACGAUGGGGAGAAUGGUGCCGAGCAGCCGAUGGACACUGGCACGGAUGAGGUACAGCCGAAGGAACCGAAAGCGGCUGAAGAGAAGAAGCGCAACCCGCAGGUGUUCUUCGACAUACGGAUAGGGAACAGUGAUGUCGGCCGCAUCAUCAUGGUGCUGCGGGCGGAUGUGGUGCCCAAGACGGCGGAAAACUUCCGUGCACUCUGCACCGGCGAACAGGGCUUUGGCUACAAGGGAUCGACCUUUCAUCGCAUCAUACCGGAGUUUAUGUGCCAAGGGGGCGAUUUUACUGCAAACAACGGCUCGGGCGGAAAAUCCAUCUACGGUAAGAAGUUUGCGGACGAAAACUUCAUCCUUAAGCAUACCGGGUUCGGUGUGCUUUCGAUGGCCAACUCUGGCCCAAACACGAAUGGAUCCCAGUUUUUCAUCUGUACGGAAAAAACUGACUGGCUCGACGGAAAGCAUGUCGUGUUUGGCAACGUUAUUAGCGGUGCCGAUGUGGUACGAAAAAUGGAACGCUGUGGAUCGAAGGGCGGACGAGUGCAGCAGAAGGUGACGAUUGUCGCCUGUGGCGAAGUAAAGGGUUAAUAAAAAAAAGCAGGUGAUGCGAAUUGUA